AUGGAAACAGUGCCAAACCCAGCCGUCGUGCCGCAUUUCGGGUCUUCUCUUCCUUCUGCCCCUCCCUCUCUAUCGAUCCCGGUCUACGACAAAACAUCCGAGACAACCCGCGAAAAUGCGAGGCAAUCUUCGAACCAGAAGGCGUUCAACGAACUCUUUGGGCUGAUACGGAGAGGUGCCAAGGAUCUUCUGCAAUGUACGAGCGGCAGAGGAGACCGGACUGUCGGCUCUGGUACGGGCCGAGACGCCUUCACGCCCUUGACCCCCGAACAACUCCUCGCCCUUCUCGACGAGAGCGAACUCGAAGCCAUGACCGAGAUAUCGAAUACCAUCGGGCACAACCUUGCCCGCAUCAUGUUCAUGGCGGACGGCAGAGGCGACAAGGCCGAACACCGAAGCCGAAGCAGGUUGAGGAGGAGACUGCAUUACGCGGGGUCGUCGAAGCACAACAAGCUCACCGUCUUUAGCACCACCUCGCACCGAAGCCACUAUCCCUCCUCCGCCGCGCCGUCCCUGCCUCUCAACCAAUCUCCAGCGCCGAACCCGGACGAGGAAGACAAAAUGGACGAGGACGCCGAAGUGCCUUUACAACUGCGGCUGCAGGUGAUGUGCCACGAGUGCAGAGCGGAAGCGACACCCAGAUGGCGGAAGGGCCCGGAUGGGCCAGGCACGCUGUGCAAUGUCUGCGGAUUGCUUUAUGCGAGGCGUAUGCGCAGGUUGGUGUACACGGAACGCAGCCUCCGGCAUCGGGGGGGACGCAUUCGCUGA